AACCGAUCGAGGAAUGCCGCCUCCGAUCUUCCCUGCACACAUUUGAGACAUCAAACGAUUGUGUUUUAAUUACUUUUUCUCCUUCGCAAGCAGUUUUAUCCCGAAAGGAAAAGAAAAAAAAAAUCCAAAUCGAAGAAAAAAAAUCCAACCCAAAUUCGUAGGGUGGCGACGGUCGCCGAUUAGAUGGCGGAGGGAGGCGGCAUAGACUUGGAGCAGAUCAAGAAUGAGACAGUUGAUCUGGAGAGCAUUCCGGUGGACGAAGUGUUUGUGCAAUUAAAAUGUAGCAGGGAGGGAUUAUCGUCGGCUGAAGGGGAGAAGCGCCUGAACAUCUUUGGGCCGAAUAAGCUCGAGGAGAAAAAGGAAAGCAAGUUUCUCAAGUUCUUAGGAUUCAUGUGGAAUCCGCUCUCAUGGGUGAUGGAGAUUGCUGCUAUUAUGGCCAUCGUUUUGGCUAAUGGAGGGGGCGAGGCACCGGAUUGGCAAGAUUUUGUGGGAAUCGUGGUGCUCCUUUUUAUCAACUCCACCAUCAGCUUCAUCGAGGAGAACAACGCCGGCAAUGCGGCGGCGGCGCUCAUGGCUGGCCUUGCUCCCAAAACCAAGGUGCUGAGGGAUGGCAAGUGGACGGAGCAGGAGGCGGCCAUCCUCGUCCCUGGCGAUAUCGUCAGCAUCAAGCUGGGCGACAUCGUCCCCGCGGAUGCCCGACUCCUGGAGGGCGAUCCUCUCAAGAUCGACCAGUCCGCCCUCACCGGAGAGUCCCUGCCCGUCACGAAGUACCCGGGUGCCGAGGUCUUCUCCGGCUCCACCUGCAAGCAGGGAGAGAUCGAGGCUGUCGUCAUUGCCACUGGCGUCCACACCUUCUUCGGCAAGGCGGCCCACCUCGUCGACAGCACCAACAACGUCGGCCACUUCCAGAUGGUGCUCACCGCCAUCGGAAACUUCUGCAUCUGCUCCAUCGCCGUCGGCAUGGUCGUCGAGAUCAUCGUCAUGUACCCGGUCCAACGCCGUCGGUACCGGGACGGCAUCGACAACCUCCUCGUCCUGCUCAUCGGUGGCAUCCCCAUCGCCAUGCCCACCGUGCUGUCGGUCACCAUGGCCAUCGGGUCCCAUCGGCUGUCGGAGCAGGGAGCCAUCACCAAGCGAAUGACUGCCAUCGAGGAGAUGGCCGGCAUGGAUGUGCUCUGCAGCGACAAGACCGGGACGCUCACGCUCAACAAACUGACUGUCGACAAGAGCCUGAUUGAGGUGUUCGCCGAUGGCGCGGACAGGGAUACGGUGCUCCUGUUUGCUGCGAGGGCUUCGAGGGUGGAGAACCAGGACGCCAUUGAUGCCUCCAUUGUUAACAUGUUGGGUGACCCCAAAGAGGCGCGUGCAGGAAUCAAUGAGGUCCACUUCCUGCCGUUUAAUCCCGUCGACAAGCGCACUGCAAUCACCUACAUCGAUUCCAAAGGGAAAUGGCACAGAUCGAGCAAGGGAGCACCUGAGCAAAUCAUUGACCUUUGCAAGCUGAACGAUGAAGACGGGAAGAAGGUCCACCAGUUUAUCGACAAUUUCGCUGACCGCGGCCUCCGCUCGCUCGGCGUCGCCAGGCAGGAGGUCCCCGAAGCUAGCAAGGAGAGCGCCGGCGGACCGUGGCAAUUCAUAGGUCUCUUGCCCCUCUUCGAUCCCCCGAGGCACGAUAGCGCUGAGACCAUCCGCCGCGCUCUCCACCUUGGCGUCAACGUCAAGAUGAUCACCGGUGACCAGCUCGCCAUUGGCAAGGAAACAGGGCGCAGGCUCGGCAUGGGCACCAACAUGUACCCAUCCUCCACCCUUCUUGGUGACAAGAACAGCUGCGGAGAACUCAGCGGGCUCAACAUUGACGAGCUCAUCGAGAAAGCCGACGGCUUCGCCGGAGUCUUCCCUGAGCACAAGUAUGAGAUCGUGAAGAGGCUGCAGGACAUGAAGCACAUCUGCGGCAUGACCGGUGACGGCGUGAACGACGCGCCGGCGCUGAAGAAGGCGGACAUCGGCAUCGCGGUGGCGGACGCGACGGACGCCGCCCGAAGCGCCUCCGACAUCGUGCUGACAGAGCCUGGUUUGAGCGUGAUCGUGAGCGCGGUGCUGACCAGCCGCGCCAUCUUCCAGCGGAUGAAGAACUACACCAUCUACGCCGUCUCCAUCACCAUCCGCAUCGUCCUCGGCUUCCUCCUCAUCGCCCUCAUCUGGCGCUUCGACUUCUCCCCCUUCAUGGUCCUCAUCAUCGCCAUCCUCAACGACGGCACCAUCAUGACCAUCUCCAAGGACAGGGUCAAGCCCUCCCCCUUGCCGGACUCAUGGAAACUCGGCGAGAUCUUCUCCACCGGCGUCGUCCUCGGCGCCUACCUCGCCAUAAUGACCGUCAUCUUCUUCUACCUCGCCCAUGAUACAGACUUCUUCCCUGAAAAGUUCGGCGUGAGGCAGAUCAGGGACAGCCCUGACCAGAUGGUGGCUGCUCUGUAUCUCCAAGUGAGCAUCAUCAGCCAAGCGCUCAUCUUCGUCACCAGGUCCAGGAGCUGGUCUUUUGUCGAGCGCCCUGGCUUUCUACUCGUCGUUGCCUUCCUCGCCGCCCAACUAGUGGCCACGCUGAUCGCGGUGUACGCAUCAUGGGAGUUCGCUAGGAUCCAAGGGAUGGGCUGGGGAUGGGCAGUGGUCAUCUGGAUCUACAGUUUGAUCACCUUCUUCCCUCUCGACGUCCUCAAGUUCAUCAUCCGAUACGCUCUCACCGGCAGGGCCUGGGGCAACCUGCUCGACAACAAGAUUGCGUUCACCAACAAGAAUGAUUACGGGAAGGAAGAGAGGGAAGCACAGUGGGCGACGGCACAACGCACUCUGCACGGCCUUCAGCCAGCCAACACGUCGGAGCUCUUCAACGACAACAACAACAACAACAACUACCGGGAGCUGUCGGAAAUCGCCGAGCAAGCCAAGCGGCGCGCCGAGAUUGCCCGGCUAAGGGAGCUACACACACUGAAAGGGCACGUUGAUUCCGUGGUGAAGCUGAAGGGGUUGGAUAUCGACACGAUCCAGCAGCACUACACUCUCUGAGGAUGAAGAUUGAUGGCGGCGGUUUAGUUCGAGUGUUUGUGUGAAUGUGAUGUUUGAUUACUUACUGCUCGGAAGGGAAGAUACAGGGAAAGAACUCAGGGAAAUGUAUAUUUAUCAAGAAACA